ACAUCUCCGAUAUCUCCGCUCGCGCUGAAGGUCUCGCAACUUCUCGCUCGUACUGUGCUCGUACUCUGUGACGGAAGCUCGUGUAGCGUGCCCGCGAACGGCAUUUGCCAAAUCUGAGCGAGGUUAACGUAUACGCGUGAGUUCGCACGAGCACCGAGAACCACGUUUACACGAUAUCUCAACCGGAAUACGUCGAUGUGAAAGCUCGCAACGUUCUUACGGUCAUGGCAGUUCGUGUGCAAUUUGAGAACAACAACGAGAUCGGCGUCUUCUCGAAGUUGACAAACUCCUACUGUUUGGUCGCGAUCGGCGGCUCCGAAAAUUUUUACAGUGUAUUUGAGGCAGAAUUAUCCGAGACUAUUCCGGUUAUUCACGCAUCAGUAGCAGGAUGCCGUAUCAUAGGUCGACUGUGCGUUGCGAACAAGAACGGACUAUUAGUACCAAACACGACAACAGACACAGAACUCCAACACAUUCGAAAUUCCUUGCCAGAUAAUGUAAAAGUGCAGAGAGUGGAGGAGAGACUCUCUGCUCUCGGCAAUGUUAUAGCGUGUAAUGAUUAUGUCGCUUUAGUUCAUCCAGAUUUGGAUAAGGAAACUGAAGAAAUUUUAGCCGACACUCUGAAUGUGGAAGUAUUUAGACAAACUAUCGCGAGUAACGUUCUUGUCGGUUCAUAUUCCAUUUUAUCUAACCAAGGUGGUUUGGUGCAUCCAAAUAUGCCUAUUCAGGAGCAAGAUGAGUUAUCUUCACUUCUGCAAGUGCCACUUGCGACUGGAACGGUGAACAGAGGCAGCAAUGUGAUUGCCGCCGGGAUGGUUGUAAGUGAUUGGGCUGCUUUUUGCGGCAUGGACACAACUUCGACAGAAAUCGCGCGUAUCGAGAGUGUUUUCAAACUUAACGAAGCUAAUCCAACUCCUAUUACAUCGAGUAUGCGCGCACCUUUUAUAGAAAGUAUGUCGGACUUAUAAGAAAUGCAUGCACCUUUUAUGGAAAGCAUGUCGGACUUAUUAAAAAGGACUUCUUUAAAACAGAAAAAGUAUACAGGACUAUACAUUAUGUAUGUGUACAUAAAACUCAAUAUUUAUGGCUUUAUCGGCACAAGAUUCUUUCAUCACCAUAUCUAUAACAAACACUUCUUCGUAAUUUCGACAUGAGAUAAUACGUGUAAUAAGAUACUCUAUAUUAAAAAUUUGUAUGAAAUACAAUGUUUCUGUCCAUAUAUUUGAUUAGUAGGAUUGUUGUAAAAUAAACUUGCAGUCAUUAGCUA